GCCGCCCCAGUGAAGAUGGCGGCUGAGCUGCACCCGCGCAGCGGAAAACUGAUCGGCCUUUCGAAUUCGAACAGAACCGCUCAGCGGAACCAACCAGUCCAAGAAUUUAACCACGGGUUGGUUCUAAGCAGAGAGCCGCUGAGGGACCAGGAUGUAUUCACCGUCCGUAUUGACAAGAAGGUGAACUCGUGGAGCGGCUCCGUAGAGAUCGGGGUGACUGCUCUGGACCCGUCUUGUCUCGAUUUCCCCAGCAGCGCUACUGGUCUGAAGGGAGGCUCCUGGAUCGUCUCUGGCUGCUCAGUCCUACGUGACGGCCGCUCCGUCCUAGAGGAGUACGGCCGUGACCUGGACCAGCUGGCCGAGGGCGACCGCGUGGGCAUACAGCGGAGCACCCGCGGCGAGCUCCACCUGUGGGUGAAUGGGCAUGACUGCGGUGCAGCUGCCAGCGGUCUCCCGACGCGCCUCUGGGCGGUGGUGGACCUCUACGGCAAGUGUACGCAAGUGACGGUGGUGAGCUGCGAGCCGCCCUCUUCGAUGGAGAGAGAUCCGGAGAGGGAGACGGUGGAGGGGCAUGAGGAGGUGGUGGUGUGCGGGGUCAGGGAGGUGGACACAGGGGAUCUGACGUCAGUGGUGAAUCUGGCAGCAGCAGCUAAUGGGACAAACGGGACGACAGAGCAAGUGCCGGAGCUCCCUCCUACUCACGACCGACCUGAGUUCCCCAACAACAUAGAUCCUGAAACGGUUCUGACGGAGCACCAGCUCUUUGACGUGUUCAACAAUGCCAUCGUGUCCCUCUACCGCUCAGAGGACGAGGGCGGAGGAGGGCGAGACUUGGGGGGAGGAACGGGGACAGACUCUGGGAAUGGAAGUAGAGGGGACAGGGGGAGCAGCAGCGGAGGGGGAGCUGUCAACAGUGACAGCGGGGGCGGGACCGGCAAUACCGGAAGCACCAAUAACAGCCCUGCAGGAGGGGCGGGACUUGGGGCGGUGACGGGCGGGAUGACGACCAAUGACGCGCUGCUGUUCCAUGAGAAGUGCGGCACGCUGAUCAAGCUGAGCAACAACAACAAGACGGCGGAGAGGCGACGGCCACUGGACGAGUUCAACAACGGCGUGGUCAUGACCAACCGGCCGCUCCGACACAACGAGAUGUUUGAGAUCCGCAUAGAUAAGCUGGUGGACAAGUGGUCGGGGUCGAUUGAGAUCGGCGUGACGACACACAACCCCAACAACCUGGACUACCCUGCCACAAUGACAAAUCUGCGCUCAGGUACAAUCAUGAUGAGUGGCUGUGGGAUCCUGACUAAUGGCAAGGGGACCCGUCGGGAGUACUGUGAAUUCAGCCUGGACGAACUGCAGGAAGGGGAUCACAUAGGCCUGAUGCACAAGGCCAGCGGAGCUCUUCACUUCUACAUCAAUGGCAUCGACCAAGGUGUGGCGUCGGCCCAGACACCUGCCGUGGUCUACGGCGUGGUCGACCUCUACGGCAUGGCGGUCAAGGUGACCAUCGUCCACAAUCACAACCACAGUGACCGGCUGCGUCGCAACAACGCCAUAAUGCGGGCGCUGUCCCCCGACGUGGGCCGCCCCCGGCACACCCUCUCCCUCACCUCGGACCCUGACACCACCGACCGCCUCCUCUUCCACUCCAACUGUGGGCAAAAGGCGGCCAUCAUCAGUGAAGGCAGGACAGCUCUUCGCCCUCAUGCGACGGACGACUUCAACCACGGCGUGGUCCUGAGCGGCCGCCCACUGCGCUCCAACGAGGUGUUCCAGGUGCGCAUCGACAAGAUGGUGGACAAGUGGGCGGGCUCCAUCGAGAUUGGCGUGACCACUCACAACCCCGCCUACCUGCAGCUGCCCUCCACCAUGACCAACCUGCGCUCAGGUAAUACCAACCAAUCAGGGACGUGGAUGAUGACCGGGAAUGGGGUGAUGCACAACGGAACCACCAUACUGGACGAGUACGGACACAACCUGGACCGACUCAAAGCGGGGGACACGGUGGGCGUGGUGCGUAAGGAGGAUGGGAGCCUCCACUUCUUUGUGAACGGGGUGGCACAGGGCCCGGCAGCGUGGAACGUCCCGCCCAGCGUCUACGCCGUGGUGGACCUCUACGGCCAGGCCGCGCAGGCCACCAUCAUGGACGACAUGGCGGACCUCCCCCCUCUCCCCGAGGACAGCUCGGAGGGCCCCACCGUCAUGUCGCCCGGCAGCCCAUGCUCGGUCGCCGGGGACAACAGUGCCAACGACCUGCGCUUCCACCAGCUGCACGGCACCAACGCAGUGAUCACCAACGGGGGGCGCACCGCCUUCAGACAGAACUGUCGCUCCGAGUUCAACGACGCCAUCGUCAUCUCCAACAGGUGCCUUCGAGACGGAGAGCUCUUUGAGAUAGUCAUUCAGAAGAUGGUGGACCGUUGGUCGGGGUCAAUAGAAGCAGGUAAGAUAAUGGCAGGUGUGACUGCCAUCAGGCCAGAAGAGCUGGAGUUUCCUAACACUAUGACUGAUAUAGAUUACGACACCUGGAUGCUUAGUGGCACGGCCAUCAUGCAGGACGGCAACACCAUGCGUAACAACUACGGCUGUGACCUGGACUCUCUGACCACGGGCAGUAGGAUCGGCAUGAUGCGCUCGGCCACCGGCGACCUCCAUUACUACAUCAACGGGGUGGACCAGGGUGUGGCCUGCACCGGGCUGCCGCCAGGUAAAGAGGUGUAUGCGGUGAUAGACCUUUAUGGUCAGUGUGUUCAGGUGUCCAUCACCAGUUCCUCUGGCCCUCUGGACAACAGUCUGUGUACCAGCAACAUAACAGAGAAGAGCUUCCCCAUACACUCACCAGUGGCAAGCGUGGCACACCGGCUCCAUAGUAAACAUGGUAAGAACGUGGUUCUGCUGGGAGAGGGCUGCCAGGCCGUCCGGGUUGGAGGAUACGCUCACGGCAUCGUCUUCAGCGCCAAGGAACUGAAAACAGACGAACUGUUCGAGGUGAAGAUAGACGAGGUAGAUAACCAGUGGUCUGGUUCCCUCCACAUGGGUCUGACCAGCCUGGCCCCCCCAGAGCUGCCCUCCUGCCCUAUGUCGGGCCUGUCCCCCUCCCUCACACAGCUCCGCACCAAGGUCACCUGGCUGCUAGUGGGGUCAGAGGUCAGACGCAACGGGGUCCUCCAAAGACAGAACUACGGGGCAUCCCUGGACAGACUGAUGGUGGGGAACCGCGUGGGGGUGAAGAGAUGCAGUGAUGACACCAUGCACGUCCUCAUCGACGGCGAGGACAUGGGACCAGCUGCUACCGCUGUGGCCAAGAACGUCUAUGCGGUACUGGACCUGUAUGGUCGUGUGACGGCUGUGUCCAUUGUUAGUUCCUCAGUGCUGGGGGACGCAGAGAGCAUCAAGGCCCCCUCCCUCUCCUCAGACAGCUGCAGCGAUGGAGAGGAGGACAGCACGCCGGUUGAGCGCACUAAGCCAGCCCUGGUGCCCAACACCGCCAUGGCCUUCCUGGAGAACCAUGGGAAGAACAUCCAGCUGUCCAAUCAGAACUUGACGGCCGCCCGUGUCUCCAGCUACAACCAGGGCCUCCUGGUCACAGCACAACCCCUGCCCAGACAACAUCUGUUCCAGUUUCAGAUCGACCGCCUGAACCCGUCGUGGACGUCGUCCCUGUCGCUAGGGGUGAUAGGCCACUCCCCCGACCGCCUCAACUUUCCCUCCACGGCGUGCUGUCUGAAACGCUCUGCCUGGCUGCUGCAGAGAGACUCUGUCUUCCACAACUCACUCAAGAUCUGUGAGAACUAUGGUCCUAACCUGGACACAUGUCCAGAGGGUACAGUAUUGGGUCUACUAGUGGAUGGGAACAGCUGUCUGCACCUCCAUGUGAACGGGAUGGACCAGGGGGUAGCAGCCCAGGACAUCCCCACCCCCUGCUACCCCCUCAUAGACCUCUACGGGCAGUGUGAACAGGUUACAAUAGUGACUAACAACGUGCCAACCAUGGGAGGGGAGAGCGGCGAGGCGCGUUGCCAAGGCGACAUGGAGAAGGCGGACAUGGUUGAUGGGAUCAAAGAGAGUGUGUGCUGGACGCCCCCUCCAGAUGUCAACCCCAACAAGACCUGUGAGUACCAGGCCCUGUGCUCGCGCUUCAAGGACCUGCUCACGCUGCCAGAUGGUUACUUCAACGAGGAUGCCAAGUAUAACCUGUGUUACUGUGAGUCGUGCCACAAGCUGCGGGGGGACGAGGCCUACUACAAGAGAGGGGAGCCCCUCCGGGACUACGCCCUGCCCUUUGGCUGGUGCUGCUUCGCUCUGAGGAUCAAGCCCCACUGCGAGGUGUCUAAUGCGUUUAAGAAGUGGCACAUAGCCUACCACGGCACCAGUGUAGGGGCUCUGAGACGCACCCUGGACCAUGCUCAGCUGCUCUCUGGGACGUCGUCCAUCUUCUCUGUGUCUCCGGUAAAGAUGGAGGGUCCUAAUGGCUACAGUGAGCCAGAGGAGAACAGCAACAGCCUCCCCGACAGGGAACGAGACAGGGACAGGGAGGUGCCCCGGGUACAGUUGUCCCCCACCAUGCGCUACUCCGGACUGGAGAUGUUCGCCCCUAAAGUGCAAUUCCGGGACCCUCGUUCUCACUGCUGUCACCAGGCCCAGGUGGGUUUCCAGGUGUGUGUGCGGCCGGGCUCCUACAAGGUGGGGCCCCAGAAACUUGGGGCCAGCGAGCCCCUUGACCCCCGCUUUAGCAACACAGAGAUCGAGUGGAUCACCAAGGAGCAGGGGGGCACCCUCCUCUAUGGCCUGCUCAUACGGGUGGAGUGAGGGAGGGAUGAACGGCGGUAUGGAUAGAGUAGAGAUAAGGGAGCUUCUCUAUCCCAGCGGUGCCUCCAAAACCUCUACUCCAUCAACCAAAUUCCAGACUUUGAGACUCUUUGGAAUUUGGGGAAUUUCUCUCCUGUUGCUGGGGGGGGAUUGUUGACAUUGACAAUUCAGCAUUAUUUUAGUUUAUUUUGGACAAAUACAUUUUUGUUUGUUUUGGAAUAAUUUUAACAGGAUGGGGCUUUGGUGGAUUCAGAGAAGAACAACAAGACUGACGCUGCCUGCACUUUAUGUUUUGGACACUUUGUGGGCGAUUUAAAAAAAAAAAAAAUAGAAAAAAAAAAGUUUGGAAA